CAAUUAAAAAUGAGACAUAGAAAUGAAAUCAAUGCUCUUCAAUAAAGAAUUAAAGGAGGAUAAGAUGAAUAAAAGAAAAAUCGUAGUCUCGACUUAGAAAAGUACAGUUACAUCUUAUAAUAUAUAGAUUAUUAUAAAAAUAUCAAAAUAUCAAAAAAGAAUUGGAAAUCAAAUAAAAGAUGGACAGAUUAGCAUUUGAAGGAUAAUUCACUAAUAAAGGUAGUUCCAAUCAAAGUGUUUAUAUGAGUUAAAUGUGA